GUGUACCGUUUUCAACCUGUUUCGCCAGUCUCCGUCCGCCUCACAACCACCGUCGUCUUCCGCUGUCGUCCCGGCUCAACCAACACCGAGCACUCCCUCAGCGGAGCCCUCGCAAUCAGACUUGCCCGGUUCACUGACGAAGACCUCAGGCGGGCAGAGGACUUCAUCAGACUGAUGAGGGUUAUGUACACGUCCACCCUCUGCGUUUCUUCGGAAAAGAACCCGACAUCUGGACAGAUUCUGCCCAUUCUCAAAAAGCUUGAGAUGCAUUUUACUGUUACUGAUGGGGACACAGUAUUUGUGUCCAACCUUAAAAAGCAAGUUUGGGGAAAUCUGUCAAAGCGUUACCAGAGUGAUGAAAUCAGGAGCUUUCUGGAAGAGGCUACUGCUUUGGAUCCACGCUUCAAACAAAAGAUGGACGAUAAUGCUUCUGUCUGGGACCGGAUCAAGGGGAAGUUCCUGGCCAAAAAUCUGACCGACUCUGAGAAGUCAACAGAUCUAGACUGUGGAGGAGAUGGUGACGAGAACAUGGAAGGAAUGGAGAGUGAGGCAGAGGAGAAUCAAAUGCAUCCCUGCAAAACCCCCAAAAUGACCCCAUUGGAGGAGCUGUUUGCUGAUGAGGAUGCCCAAAAGGUGACACCACAGCAGAAUUCCAUGUCCAUCCAGGACCAGGUAGAGAAGGAGCUGCACAUGUACAAGGCUAUGCCACGCAUAGUUACUUCUGAUGACGCUGCGGCCUGGUGGUGGAACAUGAGAACAACCUAUCCUUGCCUGUCAGACAUGGCCUUCUCAUAUUUAUGUGUCCAGGCUUCCUCUACACCCAAGUGAACGUGUUUUCUCGACUGCUGGUGACACAAUCUGUGCUGAACGCUCACGCAUACUGCCUGAGAAG